CGAGAAGGUUGCCACCUCGCGCCAAAUUUCGCCGCCACUUCACCAUACCCGCCGACGCGCUUCCCACCGUACUCCUUGCCUCUACGCAACCCGCGACAUAUCGACACAAACAAUACCAUCGACCGUUUCCGUGCCCAGUGUUCCUUCAGGAGUCUUUCCCCAGCUUCGCGACCAGCACCUUUAAAUAAGCUUUGAUCCCAGAGAUCAUAGCGAGGGGCUACUUGUCGAAGCAGAAGGAUCUCUCCUCGUUCUAUUCGGCACAUGAGUGGGUAUCUUUGGAAGCAUUAUUUUGAAGAUGAUGUCGACAGCUUUCGACAUGUCUUGGAAUCUGCCUCCCAUACCUUACGGACAGGAGCACCGAAAGGUCCUGCUGGCCGGCAGGGAGGGGCUCUUGGUAUCGGGUUGAACAGCAGUCCUGGUAGCUACGGAGCCUCCCCCCAGCUGGGCGCUAAAGGGAGGCGGCCAGCGGCCGGCGCUGGAUUGACAUUGACCCGUUCGGACAUCAAUAGUCGCGAUGGCAUGGGCAUGACGAUUCUACAUCACGUUGCGUCUGCCACAAGCGAGAAUGCCAUUGGUUUUGCACAAGCUCUGCUUGAACACCCGCUGGUCGACUUGUAUGCGCAGGAUGCGGAGAACGGGUGGACUCCACUGCACCGAGCCUUCUAUUUUGGAAAUAUUGCGAUUGCACGACUGAUCCUGAACCGCGAUACUCAGGACAUGCUCGGCUACGGCUCCACAGGCUUCAACCAACAUGCACGAGGUCUCGUCAAGAUCAAGGAUAAGGAAGGCUACGGUCCACUGGAUCUAUUCUCCCUGACUAUCAAAGACCGCACUUUGCGACCGGAAGUCGAGGCCACCGCUGAGGUCGAUUCCGAUGAUGAGUUUGCGCAAGGUGACAGUGGCGACAGGGAUGACGGUUUGCGGAAACGCAUCAUUGCACCACCAACCCUCCUCAAUGGUGACGAGGUCUAUACCUUUGGUAGCAACAAGAACGUAACCCUAGGAUUUGGAGACCAAGACGAUCGUCAGUUCCCUGAGCGAGUCGUUCUCCGACGACCUGAUCACUUGCUGCAGAGAUUCUAUCAAGAGCACCGGGAGACCGAGGUUCAGAAAUUCGCUGCCAUGAAUAUGGGACUUCAAAACUCGGGCAUCCUUCAGCCUUUGGCAGUCACCGACCUUCCAACGCACAUCCGCAAUACGCCACUCGUUAUUCAGGACGUACAGAUGUCAAAGCUUCAUACGGCGGUUCUUACAACUGAUCCGGUAUCCAACCUUUAUGUCUGUGGACAUGGACCUGGUGGACGACUAGGCACCGGAACAGAAACUACAAGAUACAAGUUCACUUGUAUUGAAAACGGCGGUCUAGGCAAGAAAAAGAUUGCUGCAGUUGCUUUAGGACAGAACCAUACCCUGGCAAUUACUGUCGAGGGAGAAAUCUACUCGUGGGGCAAUAACGCCUACGGUCAGCUAGGAUACUCUCUACCAAAGCCCACGGUCAAGGACGAUGACCCAAUCUCAACAAUACCAAGACAAAUAUUUGGACCCCUAAAGCGAGACGUGAUUACAGGUGUUGCAGCUUCCCGAAUUCAUUCGGUGGCACAUACAUCUUCGUCUCUGUACACUUUCGGCAAGAACGAGGGCCAACUUGGAAUCGUCGACUCCGAUGCACGAUCCUUGGAGAUGCAGAUCACGCCACGGAAGAUCGCCGCGUCUUUGUUUUCUUCGCCAAUCAGCUCAGCAUCAGCUAUAGAUGGUGCUACAAUAUGUCUCUUAGAGAACCGAGAGGUAUGGGUAUUCGCCAACUACGGAUAUGCACGAUUGAAUUUCCCGCUUGAUGGAUUCACCAAUAGCUUUUUGAAAGAGAGCUGGCUUACCACCAAGUACGAGACAACACCAAACAAAGUUAAGAAAAUAACAUCUGGUGGAGACACCAUUUGUGCCUUAUCAAGCUCUGGCGAAGUGUUCACAGUCGCAGUCAGCCGUCGCUCCGAAGGUGGCCAAGAUUCCAACACAUCCACAACCAACCCGAAGCAAAUACGCGAUGCCUUGUCGCUACCUAACCGCAUCUGGUCGGCAAGACAAGGCCACAUGGCCGCUCGAGAUGUGGAUGUGGACCAGGAUGGUUCCAUCAUCUUGACUACUGAAGCUGGAAGCGUUUGGAGACGUACGAAACGAGCAACCAUCAAGAGUACGGCUGCCAUUGGCGCGGCUGAGCAGAAGGCCAAAGACUACAAGUUCCAACGAGUGCCAGGCUUGACGCGGGUCACGGCUGUGCGAGCAUCCGCUUUUGGCGCUUACGCUGCAAUUCGUAAGGAUUGCGAUGUCACUAGGUCCCAGAUCAUGACGGACGAGCCUGCACUCUGGAAAGAUGUCGCACCAUUGUUGCCUUUCUAUGACCUAUCGAACUAUGAGGAGGACUCGAACGACGAGAACCCUCUCCCAAGGUUCUGGCAACGCCCUUCCGAAGCGCAAUCUCUCCGGAAGCGAGUACUCGAGUCAAAAGAUUUAGAGAAGGAAGUCUCAGAGAUUUUGGAACGUACGUUACCCUCUUCAGAGAACACUUAUGACAUUCAACUCGGCACAACACUUUCAGACGUCCGCAUUCCUGUUCACGAGUUCAUUAUGUCCAGUCGUAGUCGCGUCCUCCGAGAUGCAAUGGCCAGUUACCGUGCUCAGGACGACGGCAAGCCACACAUGAGCGAGCUGUUAGAGAUCCAAGAGAUGGAUGGUCGUUUGACUGUGGUUUUCCAUGGCUUGGACUUCCUCACUCUAUUCGAUCUUGUCCUCUAUUCGUACACCGACACUAUUGUAGACUUCUGGAACGUCACGCGAUAUUACCCCGUAAUGGCACACAGAUACCGGACCGUCCGCACUGAACUCAUGAAAUUAGCGUUACGACUGGACCUUCGCCAAUUGGAACCCGCCGUUCGACAAAUGGUCACUCCAAGGAGGUCUCUUAACCUUGACAUGGCGGUUGCUAUCAAGGAGCCAUCAUUCUUCGACAGUGGCGAUAUGAUCGUUGAGCUAGAGGACGGAGAGAUGACCCUCCAUUCUGACAUCCUUUGUCAGCGAUGUCCAUUCUUUGAAGGUCUUUUCCGAGGUCGUGCUGGAGGUCAAUGGUUGGCUGGCAGGCGUACAGAAGAGUCGCAAUUGGUGCGGAUUGACCUCACCCACGUCGACUCGCAUCUAUUCGAACUUGUUGUCCGUCACCUGUACACCGAUGCCGGCGAAGAAAUUUUCAACGAUGUCACGAGUGAAGACCUUAACGAUCUUCUAGCCUUGGAUGAACUAUUGGAUCACAUCAUGGACGUCAUGUCGGUUGCGAAUGAGCUGAUGUUAGAUCGGCUCUCGCAGAUUUGCCAAAAGCUCAUCGGACGUUAUGUCAAUGCGCGAAACGUAUGUUCGCUAUUGGCAGCUAUUGCGCCCAGUUCAGUUGCAGAAUUCAAGGAUGCUGCGCUCGAGUAUGUGUGCUUAAGCAUGGAAGCUGUCAUGCAGAAUGGCUCGCUGGAUGAGCUGGAUGAAGACCUCCUAUCAGAGUUGGAUCAUAUUGUACGCGAAAAUCAACUGGCCUUCCUACCUUUUGCGAGGAGUGGACGUGCUGAAGCACUAUUGUUUGAAAAGUACCCGGAGCUCGCUGAGAGGAUUGAGCGAGGCAAACGAGCCAAAGUGGACGCUAUCGUUCUCUCUAACAAGUUCUCUGAAGCUGAUGGAUUCACAUCGUCGUCGUUUCGAGCACAAAGCUUAGAGGAGCUGUCCAUGUCACCUCUUCGGCAACGUAAUCGCCGAAGGGCGUCCCGAGAAGGGAAACCCGAAGCUGAGAGCCCUGUAUCCACUCCAGCUUUGAAAGCAAAGAGCUCUGUGGCAGACUUGAUGUUUGAGAUGUCAGAUGGUGAGGAUGAUCACGAGGAGGAUACUGCACUUCGUCAACCCCAAUUCACACCAGCAGCAGGGAAGCAACCUGUCGUUGAUCCAGUCGGAUCUCUAGACGGAUCAUGGUCUGUUGGAAGGACGAACGAUGGCCUGUCAUCACUUGGGUCGGCUGCGCAUAAGCACCCUAAGCUCGGAUCUCAGAGUUUGAAUUUUCCCCAGAUCGCCUCAGAAAGAACAUCUGGGCGGCCAUGGGGUCCCGCACCCUUAGCCCCGACGAAGUUCGACUUGAAAGACAUCAUGGCCCAAACCAGUGUUCCACCCUCGAAUCUCACACUCGGUCUCUCACAACAGGAAAAGGAGAGGAAGGCUUCGGGGUCUUUCCAAGCAAAGAUGUCACAAAAGGAGCGAAAACGUGUUCAGCAGGCACAUCAACUCGGACAGCCACCGACACCUGAGAAAGCGCAGCCAACCCCUCCUACAGUAUCGCCAUGGCAAGCUAUGUCUCAACGGAAAGUGAGCGAGAGUCCAGCCGUAUAUCCAGCACCGUCACCUCCUCAGCCACCUAGAACUUCCAGCACGCCCCACUUGACGAUGCGUCAGACGGUUGCCAAUCGGGGCGCAAAGGCAAAGCAAAAGGAACAAGACAAGGGUCGUCAGCCUUCGCAAUCCACUCCUGGAUGUACAUCAUCAUCCCAGAAGCUCACUUAUGUAGCAGCAGAUCCGUUAUCGGAUCGAGGGAUGUCAGUCUCCACAACACCAAUACCCACACCUCAGUCUGUGCGUCACAUACCCCUCCCGACACACUCGCCGACCUCGCCAAGUCAGCACAUGACUAUGCAUGAGAUUCUCUCCUUGCAACAAGCCGAGAAGAUCUCUAUCCGGGAUGCUGCAGCCAAACGAAGUUUGCAGGAAAUACAACAAGAGCAAGAAUUUCAGCAGUGGUGGGACCAAGAGAGCAGAAGAGUCAUCCAGGAGGAAGAGCAAAGAAAGCGCGCAGAAGAGAGGGCAGCCAAACCCACUAAUGGCCGAUCAAGGGGUAGAGGAGGUAAGCCUAAAAGUAGAGGCAAUGAUAAGAAGGCAGGCGAUGGACCAAGUCGAGAGAAAGCAAAUAAGGAUGUAAAGCUACUUCCAACCACUGCUGAGGUCUCAACUCCUGCCGCCGCCCCAAAGCAGGAUGGUGCGGACAGGGGGAAGUCGAGAGGAAGAGGUGGUCAGCGGGGUGGUCGGGGCGGCGGUGGGAGAGGUGGUCGUUCACAGGGUCAUCUGCGAGAAGCCUCUACGCCAGUUACACCCGCUGCCUCGAGUCAAUGAGCCGUGAAAAUCUGGUUCCAGCAUGCGCUCAGCUUCUUGUACAUGAUUUGUGCUUUGUGUUGCGUAGCAUCCGACACAGUAGACGUAUAUAUGCCUUUGCAUCUGCAGCACGUUGA